AUGUGUAUGCUCAGGAGACAAAUGCUUAAUAUUAACAACUUAUUUUCCUCUUACGUUGAAAAGGAUUUGUCUUUUUUUUACCGAUUUCUCGCAGACAGCUGCACUAAAAUCAAGUCUGUUGGUAAACCUGUCACUCACAAUACUCGACAAACCACACAAGGAGCCUGGAUGAAAGACCCACUAGGAAUCAUGGGUACCGAGACCAUAUUCGUUAUGGAAUCGUAUUACUCACAAAAUGUACUGGAGGAAUUUGAAAACAUGGACAUGUUCAAAGCAGGUGUGACUCGUAAGACAUACAUACUGCCCUAUAACUGGGACGGAACUGGAGCAGUGGUAUAUGGACCAUAUCUCUACUAUAACAGAGAAAAUUCGGCCUAUAUCAUCAAGUACAGUCUACGCAGAGAGCUCAUGAAAGCCACAAUCACCGUGAAUUCUUUCACACCAAGGAAAAGCAGCUAUGGUUGGGGCGGAUACAGUUCAAUGGACCUGGCAGUUGACGAGCAGGGAUUGUGGGUAUUAUGGGGUAGUACGGCAAACAGCGGGAGACUGUACGCAUACAAAAUUGACGUUUACAAAAACGUCAUCACUCACACUUGGUCACUGAACACAGGUACGCACAGACUAUACCAACCACUUAAAAAUUUGACCGUUAUCAACGAGGACUUAUACUAGGAUCGGGAUAACACCUCCUCAGUUUCCCAGAUAACGCCGUUGUGGAAGUGCGAUAACUUGGAUUGAUCUUCUAUAAAUACACGACAGGGCCGUAGCCAG